AUGGCAGCAAUCGACAGGAUGAGAUCAUUGUUGUUGGAGAGAAACGUUUGGAGCCCAUCGUUGGAGCAGGUUAUGAUCUUGUAUCUUAGACUCUGUGUGAACAUUCAACCAGGCACACCAGAGGCAAAGGAUCAGGUCGCAUACAUCAAGGAUGGUCUUCAUCAGUAUCGUGGAUCUCUCACCAGUCAGAAGGAGAUCAACGUCACUCCAUACGACAGCAUCGUCAAGGAUCUCUUGGCUCAGGUCGAGGUCAAGAUCGAGGAGACCAAGAAGGUCAUCGAGCAGGAGUCCGUCGGUCUCGAUGAGGAGGCUGCCGCUGCACUCAACGAGCUCAAGCUCACCCCAUACCUCCGUCUGAUGGCCGAGGUCUACCACAUCCUCAUCGACAUCCUCAAGCACAACAAGCUCGAGUCGCUCUAUCAGAGAUACGCACUGCAGGCUAUCAACUUCUGCGUCAAGUACGAGCGCAAGAAGGACUUCUACCGUCUGGGCGACAUUCUUCGCAACCACGUCGAGAACCUCAUGAAGGGACAGUCGCAGUACAUCACCACCGACAGCAUCUACAUCCACAUCGACGUGCGUUUCGCUCAGCUCAACGCCGCACUCCAGAUGAGCCUGUGGCAGGAGGCCUUCCGCUCGAUCGAGGACAUCAACACUCUGUUUGGUCUGCUCAGCAAGCCCAAGCCCAACGUGCUGGCUGCCUACUACCAGAAGCUGGCCCAGAUCUACUGGAUCGCUGGCUCGCAUCUGCUGCACGCCUACGCACUCUUCAAGCAUCUCUACUACAACAAGAGCUUCAACACCAACUUCUCCAACGAGGACGCCAUGAUGCACUCGUCGGUCUUGUUGGUGGCUGCCCUGUCGGCACCAAUCCAGGAGCCAUCGACCUCGGCCCAGCUCCUCCAGUUCGACCCAAUGUCGCAGCGCAACAUCAACCUGGCAUCGUUGCUCGGUCUGUCUGCCUACCCCAAGCGCGACAACCUCCUCCAAGAGGUGAAGCGUGUCGCCAGCUCUGUGUACCCAGAGCUCGCUGAUCUCAUGGCUCUGUUUGAGCGUCGCACCUCGCCCCUCACUUUCUCCAAGCAAUUGACAUCAGUCGUCCAGUUCAUCGAGCAGAACCCACAGCUCAAGCAGUACAGCGACGCAUUCCAGCGCAUCAUCUUCACCAAGAUCGCCAUCCAGGUCGGCAAGGUCUACGACGUGAUCAAGAUCUCUGAGUUUGUCAAGCUCGUGCCAUUCUUUGACCGCAACGAGAUCGAGCUGUUGUUGCUCAACGCCAUCAAGAGCAAGCUGAUUGGCGCCAGGAUCGACCACCGCAACGGUGCCAUCCACUUUGGCCACUACGACUUUGACUCAGCCAACAUUGGCGACCAGCUCUCAGGCCUCGCUCUGGGCAUGCGCAAGGCACUCAGAAUGAUCGACGAGGAGCGCAAGUCAGACGCCUCCACCAAGGCCAAGCGCGAGAUCUACGUCAAGGUUAUCAACAACCUCGGCGACGAGCACCGCCGUAUCCUCGCCCGUAAGGAGAUCAUCGAGAAGAAGAAGAUCUACAUGGAGCAGCAGGAGCGUCUGCGUCGCCAGCAGGAGGAGGAGCAGCUCGCCGCUGCUUCUGCCGCCAAGGUCGAGAGAGAGCAGGCCCUGAUCAAGGAGAACAUGGGUCGCAUUGAGAAGGAGAACAAGGAGUCCAACCACUCCAAGAUGGUCAACCAGACCAUCAACGCCUUGGACAAGGCCAAGGUCGAGAUGGCCGCCAAGGUUGCCAAGCUCACCAAGCAGAUCUCCUACCUCGAGAGAGCCUACCGUCACGAGGAGGUGCCCAUCAUCAAGAGCCAGCUCGACACCAAGCACACAGAGGACCGUCAGCACUUUGCCAAGCAACAACAGGAGUUCCUCAGGAGCCACAGAGAGCAACACGAUCGCUCUGUCAAGGAGAAGCAGCGUAUGAGCAGAAUGCUCGACGACAUUGUCUCGUACACCGCCACCAUCCUCGACAAGAGAAGACAGCAGCUGCCCGCCCAGCAGGCCGAGCAAGAGAAGAGGUUCCAGAAGUUCCUCGAGGAGCAGGCCAAGGAGCAGGAGGAGAAGCGCGAGCGCAAGAAGGAGCAGAAGCGCAUUGCCGAGGAGAAGAGAGCCAAGGAGGAGGAGGAGCGCAAGCGUCUGGCACUCGAGCAACAAGAGAAGGAGCGCAAGGAGCAGGAGGCCCGCGCCAACGAGUCCUGGUCCGCCAAGAGAGAGAGAGAGAGAAGAGAGAAGGAGGAGAGAGAGUCCCUGACCCGUGGAACCGAAUCAGACAGCUGGAGAAACGACUCUGCCCCUGCCAAGAAGGACGAGGGUGGUUGGAGAGAGUCCCCAAGCAGAGACGCUGGCGGCUGGGGUGAUGCCCCAAGAAGAGGAGGCGACAGAGAUAGAGACUUUGGCGACCAGCCCCCAAGAAGAGAAUUUAACGAUGCACCAAGAAGAGGUGGAGAUGACGGAGGCUGGGGCGACAAGCCAAGAGGAGGCUUCGGCGAUGCACCACGCAGAGGAGGCGACGAUGGAGGCUGGGGCGACAAGCCAAGAGGAGGUUUUGGCGAUGCACCACGCAGAGACUUUGGCGACGCACCAAGAAGAGACAGAGACUUUGGCGGUGAUGCACCAAGACGUGGAGGUGAUGAUGGAGGCUGGGGCGACAAGCCAAGAGGAGGCUUUGGUGAUGCACCACGCAGAGACUUUGGCGGUGAUGCACCAAGAAGAGACUUUGGCGAUGCUCCAAGAAGAGACUUUGGUGACGCUCCAAGAAGAGACUUUGGCGACGCCCCAAGACGUGGAGGUGAUGAUGGUGGCUGGGGAGACAAGCCAAGAGGAGGUGGCUUUGGUGAUGCACCAAGAAGAGACUUUGGCGACGCCCCAAGAAGAGACUUUGGAGGUGAGCCCAGAAGAGGCGGAGACUUUGGCGGCGAUGCUCCAAGAAGAGAUUUUGGUGGUGAGCCAAGACGUGGCGGAGACUUUGGCGGUGAUGCCCCAAGAAGAGACUUUGGCGGUGAGCCCAGAAGAGGCGGAGACUUUGGUGGUGACAGACCAAGAAGAGACUUUGGCGACGCCCCAAGACGUGGAGGUGAGGAAGGUGGCAACUGGAGAAACAACGACGCACCAAGAGGAGGAGAUGCUCAAAGAAGUUCACCAAAUGAACCACCCAAGAAGGAGAAGAACGCUCCAGAUGCUGAUGGAUGGACCACUGUUGGCAACAAGAGAAAGUGA